GUUCUAUGCUGCAGAGAUUGCCAUCGGACUCUUCUUCCUUCACUCCAAAGGCAUCGUGUAUCGGGAUCUGAAGCUGGACAACGUGAUGCUUGACGCUGAAGGCCAUAUAAAGAUAGCUGAUUUUGGCAUGUGCAAAGAGAACAUGUAUGAUGGAGUAACCACAAAGACUUUCUGUGGAACACCAGACUACAUCGCUCCAGAAAUCAUAGCUUAUCAGCCUUAUGGGAAGUCUGUGGACUGGUGGGCCUUUGGAGUCCUGCUCUAUGAAAUGCUUGCUGGACAGCCGCCUUUUGACGGGGAGGAUGAAGAUGAGCUGUUCCAGUCGAUCAUGGAGCAUCACGUCUCUUACCCUAAAUCCAUGUCCAAAGAAGCUGUUGCUAUCUGCAAGGGGCUGAUGACAAAGCACCCAGGUAAGCGUCUGGGCUGCGGCCCAGAGGGGGAGAGAGACAUCAAGGAGCACGCCUUCUUCCGCUAUAUAGACUGGGAAAAACUGGAGAAUAAAGAGGUCCAACCGCCUUUCAAACCGAAAGCUUGUGGGCGUGAUGCGGAGAACUUUGAUCACUUUUUCACGCGCCACGCCCCUGUGCUGACCCCCCCAGAUCAGGAGCUAAUAGCCAACCUGGACCAGGAAGAAUUCCAAGGCUUCUCAUUUGUUAACCCUGAGUACCCUCACACAACUCACUGACCAUGCCACACAUCACUGGGCUGCACUAGUAAUCCCCCAACACCUC